CGUGAGGGGCCUCGAGAUACGCUAAGUCGUAGAUCGAAGCCGCGGAUACGCAAGAAAAGUUACACGCGCUUUCGUGACGACGAGCACCGCGCGACCGGGCCUGCCGAGAGGUGGUCCUCAUGCUCUCCGAGGAGUCCGCGAGAUUUUCUCGUCGGAAGAGUAGUAGCAUGCGUGUGAGGAGUGUGCGCGCGUGUGUACGUAUCGCGGCUGCUACAGGCUGCGUUCGCUUUCGGCUCGUUCUAUCUCUCCCGUAUGCAAUGGCCAAUGAAGGUGGGGUGACGCUUGGCGUGUGAGCGCCCGAAUCGAGCGCAGCCAUGGUACGUCCUCUUCCGCCCCCGUGGUCGAGGAGAGGAACCUCUCGAAAUAUCGAAAGAUCGACGACGACGACGACGAUGUGGAUCGUCGCGAACAGGGCCUCGCGCGAGAAUCACGCGUCGUCGUCGUUGCUCAUUCGAUUCGCACGCAGGGCCGCCGUUUGUCACCGCGUGAUUAGUCGCCGAUAUUCGUCACACGUCGCGCGACUACCACGGUAGGCGUGUCGAGGGUGAGUCGAGAGAGCGUGUAAGGUGUCGUAUGUACCCGCGGGAGUUACAGUGCCUCGGGACGCUGGAGGAAGAGGGGGAGAGGCGCAUCGCGCGAUGUAGCCUCUGCGACUUGGGUGCGACAGGGGGUAAGUGUUUUUCUCCGAAGGAAGGCCUUCCUCUGUUUCACGCAGGGACGUCGGAUCGAGCCGAGAUAUGAGCCGAUGAUUCUCUAUGCCAGUGAUUUCGCCGAUCCCCGGAGGGAGUGGCAGGAUUAUUCUUCUCGCGGGAAUAAUCGCGAUCCCGUAGUUAACUCGACAUACCGGGAUAGUGCUUUUGUGCUUUUCGAACUUCGGGGAGAAGUUUUUUCGUCUAUCUUUUUGAAAAACGAUGCAUCUCCCUCUCUUCUCUCUCCCCCUCUCUUCCUCUGUCCAUCCAUCCUAUAUAUCUUGAUUCUUCUAGAUUCAUUUUUAUUAUUCUACUUAGAUCCCCUGUUUUGAAAUAUUUCACACCCGUGAGAUUUAACGGAGGGCGACUCUAUCCGCAGGAGGGACCCAUGAGAUCGUUCUAUUUCCUUUUUUCUCAUCGACGUCUCUUUCCGUUUCGUUCCUCCCUUCCCUCGCCUUCGUCGCGGUGCGUCGGGUGUAAUAGUUUUCACCGUGCGAUUUGUCGGCUUGUCCUGUCGUUAGGCGCAUCGGCGACCCUUACAGAGGGAUGAGUGAGAUUUCACUACUAUAAGCAAUAAUAAACAAGGAGUAAGGGAUCGGCUGUGUGGUAGUAAGACGGUAAGGAGUAUAAAAUGGGAAGCGUAGUCUGCGAUAUGAACAGGGGUGCGUUCGUGAAAAGUAAGAAUAAGAAAUAAGUAACAAUCGUAUUCGAGUGUAUGAAAAACAAUCGACUACGAUUGGUUCAUUUCUUGUUCUUAUUUUUUACAAAAAUAUUCCCGCUGCUCAUUGUAGACCACGUUGGAAUGAUCCGUCUCGCUUACUCCCGGUGUUGUGCUUUGUUCAAUUGAAAAAAAAAUUCUCAAAUUCCCUGCUUCGCACUAUUUCCGAUGUAGCCGGUUCUUCAAUGACAGCAGCGUGCGAACCGUUAUUUUUCCAAACGAGCGAGUCGUGAAUGAAUUAUGUCCUCGCACGCGCGCACGUGAAUGCGCCGAUGAAUACGGUGCUGUUGCCGAUAAAUACGACGUUGACGGAUUGAGUCGGUGCUGAGAGUGCGCGACAUUAAUGCGGCCCGUAAUCGCCGGAAAUCUCGCGGAAACGCGCGGCGAUUGAUACGCGAAUCAAUCGUUUCAUCGAGACGCGCGUGUGCGAUCAGUUCGGCCAGCUCGCACGCGAUGGCUCGUCCAUUUUCCGAAUUUCGAUCUCGGAAUUACCCUGAAUUUCCUUCUUUUUUUUUUUUUUACACACGCUCUCAAUUGUGAAUUAUUUCUGCCUAUGUUUUAUAUUCGAGGUUUGCUUUUUCUCCCUUUUUUUCCCCCCGCAGAUUUUUGUAUCUCCGCGCCCUCUCCGCUCGUGACAAAUCCGAAAUCACCCUCGGCGUGAUUUUUUCGAUGACGCUCUCGGGGCUCUCGCGAUAUCGCUAGUUGAUUCAGAUCGCCAAUCGUCCCGUCAACCUCAAUCAAGGAUCACAUGACCUUAUUAUUCGUCGUUGAAUUUAACAAUCGUGCAACCGAGUGAAUUAACGCACUCGUAAUUACACGAGUCAUCUUUGUGAUCCUCGAACGGGCGAUUUCGAACUCUUUCACCACGUCCCUACGAUUGUGGCAGUGCCGUUGUAAAUGUUUCGCAUUUUUUUUACUAUGCGGGUCGAUUUCGACCCAUGAGACACUCAAAUCCUGACGAUUACGAAUGUUAAGUAGUCGAAUAACAGGAGUACGAAGAGAAAAUUCCUGAUAUGAUAUAUGUAUAGUUAAUGAUAGUUAAUGAUAAGAUAAAUUGAUGAUAAGUUAAUGAUAAGAUAGUUAAUGAUAAGAGAAACUUUCCAACGGCACGGAUUUAUCAAUUAGAUUCUCUCACAUUAGGAUACCCUUCGACAUUCCUAUUUUUUCCGAAAAACAUCGAGACGCAAAAGACGACCAACGACAGGUUACGAUUGCAGCUAAACAGUGGUUCGUUGCACCACCUUUGUUCAUUCUCGCCGGAGAACCAUAACGGAUUCAACAUUACACACGAUUUCAUCAGUGACAAUCGAGUUUUCGUACACGCGUGCGGCGGCGACAUUAAAGAGCCGCCGGGGAAAUUCGGACGGACGCUCGGUGAGCGUUCAGGCAGGUCAGGGAUGUCCCGGCAUGUAUACCCGCUGAAUACCCGUGGACGUUCGUGCCGUUCGUCGUUUUGCACGAUCCACGUCGAAGAAAAGCCGGCGUUUAAACGGUCGGUAACACCGCUAUUGACCAUCUUGCUAUCCUUUUCUGAGAGCGCAUGGGUGCGGUUCUGAUCCUAUAAUACCUCCUGUUCUACUUUCUAGCCGUCCGUGCCGCGUUCUACACGCGCCUCGCUUCUCCUCCUGUCGAUUGCUCCCGUUUGCCGAGACUCGGGCGCGCGCGGGGACAAGGGGCGGGCUCUGGCUCGUUGGAAAAAAAGGGGAUAAAAAUUCAACGAGCAUUGACGAGUCUCGCCGUCGUUCGGUUUUUUCGUCAGCGAUACGAUUCGCGAAUUUAGACUGGACUUAUACUGUAUCCGUUUCUUUAUUAUUUUUUUCUUAUUAAGUGGUAAGUAACGAUCACGUUUAAUAAUGUAAAUAACGGUACGGUAUAAUAAAAAGUAGAAUUUUGAUUGUUGCUUACCUCGUGCGAAAAUGGAUCGGAGAAACUGUGAUUUAGUUGCGGAGAGCGAACGCUUUAGACAAUUUAUAGCAACUUUCAGGUAUAAAAACAAUAUGACAGCUGAUAACAGCACGCGAUAAGAAACCAUCCGGUAAUCUUUUUCGUUGUACGGUCGAUUGGUGCGCUUGCGUUUCGCCGAUAAUAAUUUUCGACUCGAGUUUCCCUUUCGAAGCGAGAAGAAGGAACGAGAAAUGCUCGGAUUCAUCGUCGAAUUAUUACUCACUUCCACGGCUGUCACUGGGAAACACUUUUCGCGCUCACGCAGCCGUGGAAGGAUCGUUCGAUGCGCUCUCGUCGUCGUCGUCGUCGUCGCAUAUCGAUAUUUCGUUAAUUCAGUGUGAAAUCACUCGAUGCGAUCGCGCGAGUCAGAUCGCUUUUAUUUUUCAAGCGCGCUCGCUCGUGUCCGAACGAAAGCGGACUCGGGCGUGUGGCAGGUAUCGCAUGAUUAAUUUUUCCUGCGAUCGAUGGCAACAUUGGUAUUAAUUGAUCAAAUGCGAUUCGCCCGGCCCGAAAUACAAUGAUCUUCCGGAUCGAUUUUCCUCGCUUUUCCUGCGCCCGGAACAGACACUGACGAUAUGGAUACAGUAUGGCUUCAGUACUCUGGCAUGUCUCUGGGAGUAGUUUUCUUUCGUCAGCCCUCGUGUUACUCUUGCUACUCUGUCCACACAGCUCCACAGCCCACGAGGUAAUUGACGCGCCACUGCCACAACAAGACUACGUUCCAUCACUGCCGCCACCACCACCGGGAGGCCUCACCACUGCCAGAACACCAAAGUGCGACCAAAAGUUCGUUAGCACUCCUGACGGGCCGCUGAAUGGAACUUUUCAUGCACCGACGUUGACCAACCCCGAAGGGAAUCCUCGACAGUGCGUUUACACGUUCCUCGCAGGGCCGCGUCAGCGUGUCGAAUUGGUUUUCACGUCGUUCGGCCUUCGGGGAAAGCCACCAGAUGGAUCCGCUGUGGGAGAAUUACCUGCCUGUGUUCACGAGUACAUGGAUAUAUACUCGGAAAUACGAUCGGAGAAUACGACUAAGCUGAUAGAAACGCCGUUCGGUGGUCGGUUUUGCGGGCCGAUUCCACCUCGCAGACGGGUCUCCCUCUAUCAGGGAAUCGCCCUCAGUUUUUUCACCGACAAGAAUAUGACGGUACCGAGCAUUUUCAGCGGUAUUUACAAAUUUAUCAACGCCUCCGAAUACGAGGUGGGCACGCCGGCACCGAGUACACCGUGCUCCUUCACGAUAAGUGCACUAGCGAAAGGCACCGGCAACAUACUGUCGCCAACUUAUCCCGGCAGCUAUCCGAAAGAUCUUUUUUGUAGCUAUCAGUUCAUCGGGAAGUCCGGGCAACGCGUGCGGCUGGAGUUUCGCGACUUCGACUUGUUUUUCGGCGGGCCGCAUUGCCCUUUGGAUUACGUGAAAGUGCACGACGGUAUUGACAAUUCGACGGCCGUGAUCGGCACAUAUUGCGGCCAACAGCGGAACUUGGUGCUCUACUCCUCGGAAUCCAGCUUGUAUGUGGCGUUCGUCACCUUGAAGCGCACCGCGAACACACAAAAUCGCGGAUUCAAGGGCAUCUUCGAAUUCUCCGAGGGUUUCGUCAGCCUGGACUUCAUAACAAAUUACCAAGGCGAACACAUCCGCGGAUCCGAGUGCGACCAGAAGAUCCUCAGCAAGAAGGAGACGUCGGGAUUUGUGGUUAGCCCGAAUUAUCCGUAUCCUUACAUACCGAAGGUCGUCUGCCGUUAUUUUAUUUACGGCAUGCAAGACUCGCAGCAUCUCGAGCGCGUGCGGCUGGAGUUUGAGCAAUUCAAGAUUCAGAUACCGAAAGGAGAAACGACAUGCACCGACGGCUACCUGAAGCUGUAUCUGAAGGGCCAGGAGGCAACGGAUUCCUACGAUAAAUUCGAUUACGAGAUGUGCGGCAACCAGAGCAAUCCGAACCAUGUAGUUAGCGACGGACCGAGGCUCGUGAUGGUAUUCAGCAGCGGCGAACUGCCGGCGCAGGGCUUUAAGGCAAAGUACACCUUCGAGACGGAGUACAAGAUACCGGGGACCGCGGCGCCCGACGGCAGCUGCACCUUCACGUACCGCAGCUCGUCUCGCAAACGUGGCGAAUUCAAUUCGCCCCGCUACCCCAGCAAUUAUCCCAGCGACACGAAUUGCACGUACUUCUUCUACCUGGCAACGCCGAACGAGCAGGUCGCCUUGAUCUUCGACCAUUUCAAAGUGCGGACGAAGAAUCUUAACGUCACGGGCGGGCAUUACGGAUACGACCUGUGUCAGAACGACUGGUUGGAGAUUUACAACAUGUACCGCGACAAAACGGAGAAACUGAUAGGAAGGUACUGCGGCUCGACUGCGCCGGGCCCGGUCGAGUCGAAUCUCGGCGCGCUCGGCUUGAAGGUGAUUCUGCACACCGACUCUGAAUUAGUCUACAGUGGCUUCAAGGCGCGUUACAACUUUGAGGUCGCCAAACCUAUCUUCGGAGAUUGCGGGUCGAAUAUUAGUAGUUUAAAUUACGGUAUCAUAACCAGCCCGAAUUUCCCGAACAAGUACGAAGGGCCGGCGCGGAACCUCGCCAGCAAGACUUGCAACUGGUUCAUAAAAGUGCAGCCAAAUCAGCAGAUACUUUUGAACUUUGAGCUCUUCUCCGUGGAGGGCGAUCAGUCAGCACGAGGUUGUCCGGCGGCUGUGUUACGCAUGUGGUACUCGUUGACGUCGACGCCUCGCGAACUCUGCGGCAUGAAGCCGACCGAUGCUAAGUGGAGCUUCAUGUCGGAAGACAACAACAUGCGGCUCAGCUUCAUAUCGGCCGACAAAGCGGUAGGACAGCAAGGUUUUCGCGCGGUGUGGACCGAAGUGAGCAAGAACACCGACUGCCAAGAUCAGUUUCUGUGCAGCAAAAAUAAAUACUGCAUCGCCGAAUCCCUGCGGUGCAAUAACAUUGAUAAUUGCGGGCCGGAUGAUGCGUCGGACGAGGAGAACUGCGCCGAGAAGCCACAGGCGGACAGCUACACGGCGCCGUUAGCUUACGUGAUCGGCAGCGUCCUGGUGGUCGUGCUGAUCUGCUUGGGCUGCCACCGGCUGCGACGGUGCGCGCGCGGCAUGCCGAUCGACGAGCUGCCGCAACGAGUCGUGGAUGACCGGCGUCAUUGCUACUACCACCACGACCUCCUGCAUCAUCACCAGGAGCAGCAGCCGCGAGGCUUCAACCAGUACCAGCUGGAGCAGCCACCGAGUCCACCGAGCGAGAGCGACGGCGAGGCCGAGCAAGUCUGCGACCAGGAGACCAGCAGCCCGGACAGCGUGUGACUCUGGCCGCUUGUAGUAGAGUGACGAUCACCCACACCGUGUCUUCCUUGCAUCCCUGUCACGACGUCCCGGUGGUCGGUACGUGGUGCAACUCGUUGUUGUUGUCGUUGCACGGGAACCUUUCUCGAGGAGCCCGGCGCCAUGUUCCCUCGUCGCCCGCUUCGCCGAGGAGUCGCGACGGUGCGACGUCGUUAAACGACUUUGCGUGUGAUUUGCCGAUAUAUAUAAUAUAUAUACCGUAGCUUUUCCACGUUGGUACUCUGCCACGUGCGUGCGCACUGUUCACUUGAUGCGCUGGUCGCGAGCCAACUGGGCGUGCAAAUCACCUUCUUCAACUGUGGGACAACGCCAGAUCUCUCUCCUUCAUCCCUUUUGGUACAGGUAACCUGCCUGGCCGGCGUGGUGCACGCGUUGCCGUUGGACUGUAUUUUUUCACCGGUGACAGCGCGUUGUCCGUGACUCUUCGAAAAAAAAAAAGAAAAAGAAAGAAACGCCGGUGGUGCUCAAUUUCAGGGUUUUCCCUCGUGCCACGUGAAUUGUCCAUUUCUCCCAGGAGAAUUCCGGCCGCUCGCAUCAGAGUGUAAGAUCGGCUUCCGAUGAUUAUCGAAACCCCCAUAAUUCAUCUCGUGAACCGUAAUCCGGCAUGGGUUGUUCCGCGCACGGAGCGAACUUUCCUCCGUGGAGUCACCGGGGAAGUGAAUGUCGUGAUGGUGAGAUUGGCGAGAGGGGUACUGGAAUAUAUACUAGAAUCCUAUAUGCAAAGAGAACGAGCGACAACGAUGCGUCGCGAUCGCUGACUGAUGGUUCCCUCACCUCCAUUGAAUCCGCCUCAUAUUGAGCUCCCGGCGAAGCGGACGGAGGCACGAUAGUUAUCAGCUUUGUUACGUAACACUUACCGGCAUUGAGUUUACACCUGUCCUAUCAGAAAUCACGUGUCAAUGCAUAACGAUUUCCGAUAGGUGAGAAAUUGCUCAGUGUUAUUCUCUGUUCUAUUGCUAGUGUUAUUCUCUGUUGCUUGUGAUUUUCAUCGUGCAUAGACAUUCACAAACGGGUCUUCUCUUAUUAUUUAGGACUCUAAUUGUGGGUAGGACCCACUUUGUGUUGCAAAUGUUUCUCAAGCGCCGUAAUAUACCAAUCACGUGCUUUCAUUCGAAUAUUUUAAAGCGUUCGUAGCUUCAAGUUAAUCGCACUCCAUAUACCCGAUGUUCACAGUCGGAUCUUAUAUUUAAGAUCAUCUUAAGUUCACUUUCGGAUGCUUCGGUAGUCAAUAAAAUGAGCUGUUCAGCAUCUGAAGAUCAACUUAAGACGGUCUUAUAUAUAAGAUGCGCCUAUAUUUAUGAUUUAUAAUCCGCAUCGUCUGCUUAUACGGAGCUAAAACGGAGUAGAUACGGCGGCACUUGGGUCGGUAAUAGGAGAAGUUGUCGCUUCUCUCUUUAUAUAGGACUCUGGUACACACGGACGGAAAAGAUGCCAACUCACGAGACGUUCGUUGCAACGUCGAACGUGUGCACGUCACGAUAUUUUAGGAUGACUUUCGCCAACUCCGGUCGAGUUAGCCGACGGCUAACCGACGCUUAAACGACCAAUCGCACUGGCCAACUGAUCAAUGCGAUUGGCCGGUCAACCGUCGGUUAACUUAACGGAAAAGUCGGUGAAAGCAGGUCAUUGUAGGCCCGAGUACUGCGGUGGACAGAAAUAUUGUUACAUUUUUUUUGGUUUUUCAUGAGUUUCGCAACGGAUUCCAUAUCUAAUAGGAGAAUUUGUCUCUCGGUUUAUUCUCAGGAGAUGCAUCUUCCUGUUGGAUACGAGACGCGUGUUGCGAAAGUCAGACGGUUGUCGCUUCGUCGGGCGACGCGCGUGUCGCACCGUAAUUCGCUGUAAUUAUUUCGUUGCUUCAGUCCUCGCGGCUGAACCUAUUUUUAUAGAAAGCAGCGCGUCCUCGACUCGCGAGAGUACACGCUUAAGUUUCACGUAGAGGUGUGUAAUGAUAAUAAUAAUGACUAUAAUAACGAAAACAACAGGAACAACAACACGACAUUGAUAACGUACGAAAUAACGUAAUAAUUCUUAGUGAUAUGUGCGCGGUCGGUAAUAUAGUUUUAUAUUAAUCGAUUAUGCUAAUCCCCAGUAUAUAUAAAGGUGUACAGUAAAGUCCCAGGCACGAAUCACGCACGUUGAAAUAGUCGUCGACUCUUUUCUCCCGCGCGAAAAAAGACUCGGUUCCAACUGCAACUGAAUAGAACAAAGAAUCACAAUAAACAUCAAAAUGACGUCGAAAUGACGAGGAAGUGAUCGAAUCAUGAUCGAGAGGUUAUUCUUGCAGUCAUUCUCUCGUCAUUUCGAUGUCGUGAUUUUUCGUUCCACCUGGACAGGAACCAAAUGAGAAGUCGGUGAAGAGAACUGAAAACGUCCGUGACGACGAGAAUCAAUAUCCUUCGGAUAUCGGAGGAAUUUCAGGAGAUUGAGACCUCCCAAAGGAAUCUUUUCGGUCCUUGCAACCGGAUUUCCAUCUGGUCCCUGACCAACGGAAAAUUCAAUUACCACCAACGGAAUGAUUUCUCUCGUACGUGUGAACACCUCGUAAACUAUUCCGAGGAGUCUUUACUUGGAGUGUAUAUCGCCGUUACACGUUCGUAACGGUUUGUCGUCGUCGCCCCUAUCUUCGUGGUAACUCCGUUCCAGCGGUGGUCCGCGAUGUGAGCGGGAAUUUUCGCUCCUCUCUCGUGAGAGAGAGAGAGAGAGAGAGAGUGAGACCGUUCUUCUUACGUUGCUCGCCACGCGAACGGCGAGCAUCGGGUGGGCAUCUUUCGUGUGCGCAUAGCGAGCCGGAAAUAUAAUAAUAUAUUCGAACGUGUGCGACAAGCGCACACGCUAAAUAAAAACUACUCAAAAGCGUGCCGAUACUCCGUAUAUCCCCAGACCAGUCCAUUUUUUAUAAGCGUAAGUCACCUAAGCGAACCUUAGUAAUUUACCGUAUCUCUCGCAUCGAAUGAAGAACAGAAAAGGAAGUGGGAAGAAGAAGACGGAAGGAAAGGAACGAAAGGAAAAAAACUUAGAGAGAGAAACAAGAAUAAAAGGAUAUAUCUGAUACGAGGAACUAUUGAAGGAAGAAAAAAAAGAAACAUUUUCAACGUGACACAGACGCGCAAUCAUCGGUCUCGAUGACGGAACAGUUAUGUACGAACAAUUAUAACGCAAGAUAAUGUAAUUAGUGUAAGUAGUAACUAUAUAUUUACAUAUAUUGUUAACCGAUCUAGAGACCAUAACGCACGGAUUGUCAAUGUGGUGUCUACGAUGUGAAUGAGAAUACAUUUUUUUAAUAAAAACCGUCUCGCGUGCCUUC